AUGGACGGAUCUGGAACCCCCGAGCCUACUGGCGUUAUCGCUAGCAGUGCUGAUCGCAUGGUUGGCAUGGAGCACUCCGAGGUGCGCUACUUCACCAGCUACGACCACCACGGUAUUCACGAGGAGAUGCUGAAAGAUGAUGUCCGUACCCGUUCCUAUCGCGACUCUAUCUACCAGAACCGCCACAUCUUCAAGGACAAGGUCGUCCUUGAUGUUGGCUGCGGUACCGGUAUUCUGAGCAUGUUCGCUGCUCGCGCCGGUGCCAAACACGUUAUCGGUGUCGACAUGUCCUCCAUCAUCGAGAAGGCCAAGGAGAUCGUCGCCACCAACGGCCUGUCCGACAAGAUCACCCUCCUUCAGGGCAAGAUGGAGGAGGUUCACCUCCCCUUCCCCAAGGUUGAUAUCAUCAUCUCCGAGUGGAUGGGUUACUUCCUUCUCUAUGAAUCCAUGCUGGACACCGUCCUCUACGCCCGUGACACCUACCUCAACCCCGGUGGUCUGAUCUUCCCCGACAAGGCCACCAUGUACGUCGCUGCCAUCGAGGACGGCGAUUACAAGGAUGACAAGAUUGGAUUCUGGGACAACGUUUACGGCUUUGACUAUUCUCCCAUGAAGGAGAUCGCUCUUACUGAGCCUCUGGUCGACACUGUCGAGAUGAAGGCUCUCGUCACUGAUCCCUGCCCGAUCAUCACUUUCGAUCUGAACACUGUUACUGUCGCCGACCUUGCCUUCAAGGUUCCCUACCAGCUUACCGCUCGUCGCAGCGACUUCAUCCACGCCAUGAUUGCCUGGUUCGAUAUUGAGUUCAGCGCCUGCCACAAGCCCAUCACCUUCUCCACUGGUCCUCACGCCAAGUACACCCACUGGAAGCAAACCGUCUUCUACCUGCGUGAUGUUCUUACCAUCGAGGAGGAGGAGAAGGUCUCCGGCUGGCUCGAGAACCGCCCCAAUGACAAGAACAAGCGUGACCUGGACAUCGAUCUCUCGUACAAGUUCGAGACCAAUGACCCCACCCGCUUCGCCGAGGGCAGCUGCUCUUACCGCAUGUGCUGA